GUACUCUCGAGAAGUGGGGAAGCUCCACCCUCCGCGCUCAACCUCAAGCACGCCAUCCAGAAUCUGACAGAGCCUCAAACCCCUCCCCUCCUCUCAUCCAACCUUCAAUUCUUGUACAUACCCCUUUCCAUCUCAUAUCUCCUCCAAAAAUGGUAGAAUCCUCAACCCCCCACCCCCCGCCACCAACGUCAGCCCCAGAUGAUGCAUGGAAACACACCGGCGUCCGCGUUAUUCCCGCUGACUCCCUUGACGCCAACACCGCCCAGACACCCGGCAUGUCCCGCGCAGCAGCGAUAAACUUCGCCAGAGUAGGUGCGCAAAAGCUCUGGGCAGGAACCGUGACCAUCUCGCCGAACGCUAAAACGGGCGCUCAUCAUCACGGGCAUCUAGAGAGUGUGAUCUAUGUGCUGAAAGGGAAGGCGCGGAUGAGGUGGGGGGGACGGCUAGAGUUCGUGGCGGAGGCGGGGCCGGGAGAUUUUAUUUUCGUACCGCCUUAUGUGCCGCAUCAGGAGAUUAAUGCUGAGAGUGAUGUUGCUUUGGAGUGUGUUUUGAUGAGAAGUGAUGGAGAGGCUGUUGCUAUCAAUUUGCCGGAUUUGGAACCUGUUGAGUCGCCAGAAGGUGUAAAGUGGAUUGAUCCUACACAUGCAAAUUUGCCAGAUCAUCACCAUGAUCAUGGACACGGACAUGGCCAUAGCCAUUCUUAAUCGCGCCUUCAACUUCAAUUACCCUCGGGCUCUUCUAUUUCUGCUUUUCCUUGACGGAGUAAGAUAUGGUACUACCCAGUCCAGACGAAGAUUUCAUCCUCAGUCAACUAUAUCAAUUCCCAUUUUCGUCAAAACUAAAGCUUCUCCACUGGGUAGCUUCCCACUCGCCACCCCGAGACUCCCCAAUGGACUUCCUGAAGAAGCUGCCAUGACCAACAGCGACAAUUUCAGUUGCACUUUCUCCAUUGGCAGCACGUAGGCUUGAGACAAAACCUUUGAUGUGGCGAACUCUCCAGCUAGUCCUGCGUGCGCACCAUUUCCCAUCCUCAUCCUUCUCAUUUUCAUCAUUCCAGUCCUUCUUCAUGUAUUGAAAAUCCACACAGCGUACAGCUUUAUCCCCCCAAACCAUCUCCCCUUCCAAAAUCAACUCAGCCUGAUUGAGAACCUGU